CGGGAGCGCCAGUGCCAGGGCCGCAUCGGGAGCGCCAUGCCCGUGGAGACGCUCCGGGCCAGCCACGCCAUGAGCAGCGUUCCGGCCACGGCGCCCUUCACCUCCGCCAUGCCCUUCCGCAUCCUGAACAAGGGGCCCGAGUACUUUCGCCGGCCGGCAGCCAGCGGCGCCUCCCGGAAGCCCAGCGCAGUGGAGCGGCUCGAGGCGGACAAGGCCAAGUACGUCAAAAGCCAGCAAGUGGCCACCACCAAGCAGGACCCGGUGAGGCCGCUGGUCCUCAAGCAGCCACUCUUCACCCCUGGGGUGAGGCGGGCGAUGUUCACCCCCAGCCGCAAGACCCCCCACGCGGGCCGGCAGGGAGAGGGCUGCGGGGCCAAGUCGUCCCUCAACCUGGAAAUCCUCAACAACCUGAUCAACUUCUGUGACAGUCCCCUGGCCUUCCCCAAGCCAGAGAUGAGUCCUUCGGAGUGCCCGUGGGCGCCCGAGGUCCACGGCCGGAAUCCGGGCAGCCUCCCCUCCACCCCCAAGAAGAAGGGCUCGGCUUCCUCCAAGCCGUCCAGCACCGUCGCCGUCCGCCGGGUGGACGUCCGGCCCUGUGGGGUGUUGCGGGCCAGGGGCACCCCGCCCAUCCAACUCUCCCCACUCCCCGCUCCACCGGGCCCCCCCAAAACCCCACCCGCCACCCCCUUGAGCUGCCCCAGCCCGCGGGGCGAGCCGCGGACCGAGAGUGCCAAACGCCAGGCCUUGUUGCACCGAUCCAAAUCGGACCUGAGCGACCGAUACUCGCGCGCCACGGCCGACUUGGAGCGCUUCUUCAACUACUGUGGCCUGGAUCCUGAGGACGUGGGAGACAUGGAGAUGGAGCGGUUCACUCGGGCCAGCUCGGACAUCGUGUCUGUUAAGUUCCACAGCGUGAGCACCAGCAGCUCGGAAGGGACCCGCUCCCGGCGCAGCACGGUCACCUUGGAGGAGAGGCAGGCCGAGCGCAUGCCUUACGGGAUCUCCAUCAUCGAGCGCAAUGCUCGGGUCAUCAAGUGGCUGUACGGACUCAGGCAGGCGAAAGAGGCCCAAAAGGUAUCCAACGUAUAGCAGCUGUGGGGGGGGGGGGCUCCAACGUUGGGGGGGCGACCCGCUCAAACUUUGCCCAAGAUGUUUGUUUCUGUCUGCAGUUUGCCAUUCAAGGGAAACUUUUGCAAAGAUGCUGUAACUAGUAGGGGUGUGGCAGUAGAUUCAGGCUGCCCAGGAUCCCUCCCUUCAUUUUAAUCCUAAAAUC